AACUCAUUUUUUUUUUAUUAUGAAAAUUAAAUUUCAAAUACAAAAAUUUUAAAUAAUUACGAUACUAUUUAAAGUGUGUUUCAAUGUAAACGAAUAUGAAGACAAUCUCCAUCGGUGCAUUAGAGAUCUUUAUGGACGACUUUAGCAAUUGGCAGCAGAGUAGCCAGCACUGAGUGGUGUAUUGAUCAUAUUCUGAUUUAUGACCAUCGUCGCGGUGCCAAUUUAAUUAUAUUCAUUUACAAUUGUUGAUUUUAUUUGUUUGUUUAUUUUAUUUAAAAUAUAUAUGUAUAUAUACACAUAUGUGUAUGCAUUGGACCGAUUAGCAAGACAAAUUUAUAAAUAUUUACGAUAAUGUCCGUAAAACGGUCGAGUAUUUACAAAAUAAUAUCGGGAGUAUGACGUCACUUGUGAAUAGGAGUUACACAAGCGUCAUCGUUGAGUCUACUUCGUCUACUUGGUAAUUUUAGCGAAGACCAAGAGAGUAAGAGACAUUUUGGAACAAGUGAAUACAGUAUAUAACAAUAAAUACUUGUUGUAUUUGUAAAUAACGUACAUUGGAGUAUUAUUUGUGAACACUGAAUUGUGCUCUACUUUGGUUGGUGUUUUAUCAUGGAUAUAAAGCUUGUAACAGUGAAUUUUUAUAGCCUUCGAUAAAACUAUAUAAUAUGUGAACAAAUUCCGAUUAAUAUUUAUUACUUUUAAUCGAGUUGGUAAAGGUAUAAUUGAAUAAAUAAAUAAUAAAAAAAUCACUAUGAGUAUGCAACAGUUUUGUCUAAGAUGGAAUAAUCAUCAGCCAAACUUUAUAUCAGUGUUCUCAACUCUGUUAACAAAUGAAACUUUGGUUGAUGUGACAUUAGCUGCUGAAGGCCGGCAUUUACAAGCACACAAAGUGGUAUUGUCAGCCUGCAGUACAUACUUUCAAUCAUUGUUCACUGUUAAUCCAUGUCAGCAUCCAAUAGUUAUAUUGAAAGAUGUUAAAUUUUCUGAAUUAAAAAUAAUGGUUGAUUUUAUGUAUUACGGUGAAGUUAAUGUGUCACAAGAACAAUUACCUUCAAUUAUUAAGACUGCUGAAAGUUUAAAAAUAAAAGGACUUGCUGAAAUGCAUCCGGCGACGUUAACCAAGUGGCCAAGUGGUAGCAGUGACCCUAGUGGUGGAGAUCGUGGUGAAUCAUGUUCACCAACUCCAUCUCCAAUGUCGCCUUCAUUGAGGCGUAAGAGACUGAGAAAAUCGUCGACUGGUUCGGCAUCUGGAUCUGGUGAUAAACAAAAUGAAGAAAUGGGCGAAAUAACACUUGUUGCUACAAAUGUUGUUAAACCCGAGCCAUUGAUAGUCUCACAAGAUAAUCGUGAUAACAUAAGACGUCCAGUAAAUACUAAUACUGAAUCACAAGGCAGUAUUGACGAGGAUCAAAUAUCUAUUAUGAGUAAUAUGGAAAGUAGUACAACGACAACACUCGCUCAAAGUGAAGGCUCCGUGCACGAUGUAAGUCAUCAAUCUGGGGCAAAUGCAGGCCAAAGUUCAUCACUCUCGUCUCAAGCACCAGCACAUCAAGGAUUGCAAUGGACAAUCAUGGAGCAUACGUAUCCACGUUUCGCUCUAUCCUCGUGUCAAACGAAUCUGUCGAUUCAAGCAUCAUCGGCGUUCACGACGCCCGAAAUAACGGCGUCAUCGAGCACCAACGAUCAGUACCCGGGUACCAACACCACUGGUUCUAGCUGUGCUAUGAACAGUUAUCCAGGAUCACCUCAUGGACUCCAGCAUACAUCAUCAGGUGGUCUAUCGCCCUCUGGUCAGUGUUCAAAUAGCUGUCAAAGUCCCUGUGCCAGUCCACAAGCAACAGUUAAGCGAAAAAGAUCAACAAAUCCACAAGCUGAUGAAAAUUUUAUCCGAGCUUUGGAUGCAGUUCGCUACGGUGGGAUAGGGUUCUGUAAAGCCGCAAGAAUGUUUGGCGUUAACAAUCGAACACUUUGGCUUGAAUAUAAAAAACGUGGAUAUCCAAACAACCGACCAAGUGUUAAAUCAAAAGUUAAAAAUGAAUCCAACUCAUCACCAUCCUCUCCACCAGUACCACCACCCGUCGAACCACCAAGUCCAUCUUCCAUGGGUCCACCGACAACUCCUUUAAGUGCUCACAGUGCACACAGUGUUCACAGUGCCCACAGUGCCCACAGUACUCAUAGUCCCCAUAGCGCUCAUAAUAUUCAUAAUACUCAUGCUAUGAUACCCACUCAUGCUCCCCACACGAUGCUCGGCGGUUACGUUGACACUAGACACAUUGAUUACUCAUUAUCUAAUCCAACUAUGCCUAUCAAUCUACACGGUGUCAAUUAUAAUGCCAUGUGAGCUAACGUUUUCCCACACUACAUGUACAAAUAGGUUUUAGUAAAUUCAGCACCUUAAUCCUAUAUUGUUAUCAUUAUUAUUCCUUUCGUAUUAUCAUUUUUAAUUUGUGCUAAAUCAAAAAAUUAUCCAUACACAUAUGAAUAGCGGUGACGUCUCUGUGGUGUAUAAAUAAAUCUAUGAAAAUUAAGUUUUGUAAAUAUAUAAAUUAUUCGGAACAGUAAUCGAUUGUAUUAAAGAUAUUUUAUAUAUUUUUUUUUCUUUUAUAUACUGUAAUCACAAAAUAUAACGUAUCGUUAUCUUACGUCUUUCACUAUAGGUAUUCUUUUAGAAUAUAAUAUUUUCCAAAAAAAAAGUAUAUAUAAUUAUAUUACCCAUACACAUUAAUGACUAGAUAAUAAUUAUUAGUAAUGACAAUUUUUAUAACGGAUUUCCGUUCAGCAUUUUAAUUAACAGUUUAGUUUGACACUAACUCGAAGUAAAUGCUAGUUAGAAAAUUAACAAACAUUAAAUGUAUUAUUAUUAUUAUUAAUUUGAAAUUAAAUUCCAAUUUAAUAAUAUACGUGAUUUCUGAAUACUUAUUAGCUA